AAAUAAUUGUGCUUUAUGUAUAAUUUUAGUGUGUUAGCAAUCGAGAAAAACUGUAAAUGACAUGUCCCUUUGUUUUGACAGUGACCUGGCCUUGCGAAACUGCCUGCUAACUUCAGAAAUGUCAGUUAAGAUCGGAGACUAUGGCCUUUCUCAUAGCAGAUACAAGGAUGAUUAUUAUGUAACCCAGGACCAGAUUUGGGUGCCCCUGCGCUGGAUUGCACCUGAGCUCAUAGACGAAGUCCACGGAAACCUGCUGGUCGUUGACCAAACAAAAUCCAGUAACAUAUGGUCAUUGGGGGUGACUGUGUGGGAGCUGUUUGAGCUGGGAAACCAGCCGUACAGACACUACUCUGACAGACAGGUGCUGACAUAUGCUGUGAAGGAACAGCAGCUCAAACUACCCAAGCCCCUGCUCCAAUUCCCCCUGGAUGAGCGCUGGUACGAGGUGAUGCAGUUCUGCUGGCUACAGCCAGAGCUGAGGCCCAGCAGUGAGGAAGUCCACCUUCUGGUCACAUACCUGUGUGCCAAAGGCUCCAGUGAGGCUGAGGAAGACUUUGAACAACGUUGGAACACAUUACGACCCAAUCUACUCGGCAGCACCUCCCAUACAGUAACAUCCACAGCCCUAGUCCUGACCCCUACCCCCCCCUCGGCUGACGUCCCCAGUCCAGACCAAACUCAAGCAGUGGAGCUGGCCUCCUCUGCUUCGUCCUCCUUCCCCCUCCUGGAGCACUUCUCUGACAGUUUCCACUCUGACACAGGGGACGACCUGCUGACCGUCACAGAGACCAGCCAUGGUUUGAACUUUGAGUACAAGUGGGAGCAGGCCCGAGCGGAGCAGCCCUACUGCUCCUCCUCCACCAGUGGCCCACUCGGCCAGGGAAACCCAUAUUACCAAGAUAUCUACUAUUCAAGUAAAGGAAGCACCUCAGAGGGCUGCAAGAGUGAGAGCCUGACCUCAGACUUAUCCCCAUCCUAUUAUGAACCUGAACACCCUGGUGUGGUCCCAGUGUUGAGUGCACACAGCCCCUCUGUCAGCAGUGAGUACUACAUUCGCAUAGAGGAACCUGUAGAGUGUAACAUUAACCUGGAUGAUGAUAGCAUUGUGGACUACAGCCCAGAACUGGCGGCCAGCAGCAGAAGGUUGUCCUCCGAGAGCAGGACUGGUUCAUCCAUGGCGCAGCCCAGUGCUUACUGGUCAACUGACAACAACAAAUCUUCUGCCUGUGACUCUGAUUCAAGCCCCACUGUCCAACUCACCAUGGAGCCUCUGCUGAGGCAGUCAUCCAGCACCAGCCAUGUAAAGCUAGGCAACUUGCACAACUGCUUCUCAUCCAGCCAGGACGACACAGGCUUCUGUGAAGAGUCAUCAGCAUACAAGGCACGCCAGCCCUGUCUGUCUGAACUUGAAACAUCGCCAAAGCCCAGAUCAAACUUUCUUCAGCCAGAGGGGCGCUUAGAUAACCCACGCAGUUUGUCACAAGCUGUCAGCAGCCCCAGCUUAGGGUUCUGCGAUCCCUACCUUGAAGCGAGCACAGGUCGGAGCACCGUCAAUGAAAGCUGCCAUAACAUGAUGGGUCCCCUCAGAAAGACACUACCCAUUGUGAACCACAUUAGCAUUGAUGUAGGGACUGACGACGGCCUGCUGGUGGGCCAGCAUAGAAGCGACGACAUUGAGGAUGACCUUUUUUCUGAAGGAGAGGCCACCAACUGGACAUCAAAUCAUUCAGCAAACAAUAAUAGCCUGAGCUUUGACGUCAGGCAGACAGGCAGUGGGCAAGACAGCUAUCUUGACCUUCAAUAUGCUGGUCACCCUAACACUACAGAAUCAUGGUCUUUAACCAAGGCCACCACCAGAACCUUCCACGGCUCCAGAGCUUGUGGCACCUUGGAGGCAAGAGGAGACUCUGGUUGUAACGCUGCUAGCAAGUCCACGGAAUUAGGUUCAUACAUUCACUUAUGGCACAAAGAAAGAGACGAAGCUGUCACUCAAGCGGAAAGGAACUCAACUGCAGAAAAUCUGAGAAGUAUUGAUUCUUUUAACAGCUCAGGUAUUAACGCCAGAGGUACAGAGGGUGGAACAAUGGAGGGGAAAUGUGAAAAGCAACUGUUGCAUAAUGGGGAGAGACAGUACUCUGAGCCUAGGAUGAUCCCUGAGCCAUGUUUUAUAAAGUCUCCAUCCACGUUCAAAGAGCCACAGAAUGGUCAAACAGCAGCUUUUUCAGACAAGCAGAGAGGUACCACGUGGGAGGGGGUUUCAACAGGAAUCUCUGUUGGUCUAGUAGACAAGAGGCUAAACUAUCCAGAGACAUUGGAAAGUAGCGGAGUGUUGGACAGUGGAGUGGUUGUCGUCAGAGACUCCAGUUUUAACUUGGUUGAGCUUGGUGACUACAGUGAAGAUGAUGAUGAUGACAUCACAGAUAUUACCUCGGGGAUCUUUGCUGACUUCAACCUGGAUUAUGCUGAAGUAGAGGAGGAAGAGCUAAGCCCAAUGAAGCAUUUAGAGGGAACUCCUGACUCUGCAGACACACUCAACCUCUCCUCGUCGAUGGUAAGCUCCUGUGAUCAGUCCUUCAGCCCCGAUCCCUUCAAUACCCCUGUCCUACCCAAAUCCCUAGACAGCGGCUAUGACACGGAAAACAACGAAUCUCCAGAGUUUUUCUUCAAAGAGCUUGGAGAUCCCCAUGGGGUUGAGAGAGGUGGUGAACCUGAACUUGUUCUGCAGGUUGGUUUGGGUCAAGGGGUCAAGGGGACUUCCAAAAGCACCUUAGAGCUACAGUUUAAGGGCCUGACUGAUAAGAACCCAUAUAGGGACUCAGCCUAUUUCUCUGACUAUGAUGCUGAAAAUGAGAGGAGCCCUCAAGAGGAAGGCAGUAAGUUCUUUGCAGGUCCGAAAAACUGUGACUUUCACACUGAGAAAUUGAGCUCCAUAAGAGUUGAUGAUUUUGUCAAAAGGCAAUUUAACCAGGACAAUUUGACAAACGUAAAACACAUCAGGCAUUGUGCGCUGGUGAAUCUCUCCGAGGGGAAAGCUACUUCACAUCAUCCCCUCCCUACCCCUGGUGUGUCAAUGCUGUCACCCUAUCCUCCUCAGAUGGGCGGUUGCCUGACGAAAGAGUCUGCCCCUGCAGAGGAGGACCUCGGGUUGCAUACGGAACACUCAGAAGACCCUUCCUCUGAGCUUAACUACUCCAUCGCGUCUGAAGCCUCUUCUAAUGUCCAAGAGGCCUCGGGACACCAUGAGGAGGGGAACAGAAGAGCAGAAGAUUGUUCCCCUCUUCAGUCUUUGCUUUCUGACUCCACUUUAUCUGACUAUAGAGAUGAGGCCCACAAAGAAAAUGAAAACGGUGAUGGUGAUCCACAGAGGAAGAGCUGCCUGAAUUCAACCAUGUCAAGGAAGAGACAGAGGACAGAAGGGAGGGUGUGAGGAUAAAUGAGGACGAUUUUGAGGACAUAGACGCAGGGGAGUGCGACUCACAGGACAGCUUAUGUGAAGAAUCCAACGGCCCCGUC